GGGAGGUGUUGGUGGCUCGGCGGGCUAGCUAGCUAGCUAAGUUGGCUAAUCGGUGAGGUUCUGCUAGGAAUACUAAGAAUGGGGUUUGUAGACAAAAUAUAAGCUCAUAGGAAUAAGUAAAUAAAGAACAAUUGCAAGAAAAUUCUAUCUAAUUGCGUGACUCGAAAGCGCAGAGGUUGCUUUUAGCUAACACUUGAUAUGCUAGCUAGUUCGCUAGUUGUUUGCUAACUAGCUGAAUCGGCGCUAGUUGUUUUUCAGUUUAAACGCGCUGACAGCUGCAGCCCGGUGUCCCUCUGCCCCUGUGACUCUGUCCUGCUUUCUGAGGACCAAAUUCAGGAUUCAUAUUUACUCCUCCUGCUCGUUCUUUGGAGAUUUUGCGCCUCUGCGGUUGUUGAGGUGUUUGUGCACAGUCAUACCCCCGUGUCCUCCAUGGGAAUCAGCUUACAGCCUUCACACACACUUCUCCAUUGCGACACCGAGUGUGUGUUGUGUUUCUACACACACCUUGUGUUAUUGCGUCUCCUCCUUUUAACCUGUAACACACGCUCCCUGUCACUGGAGUGCAAAAGUUUUCGCACCCUCAUCACGCGAUCAUUUGCUUUUGUGUCAGAAGAGCUUAAUGCAUGCUUUAAAAAAAAAAGGCACAAUGUGACGUCACGUCCUAAUUUGCAUAUUCAGAAAAUUGUCAUAAUUAGCGAAGGAAGAUUUUUUUUCUGUCAACACAUACACACAAACUUUAUUGUUUUCAUUGGAGUGUGUUAUUCCUCUUACACCACUGCAGUUUGACCUAAAACUUUAAUUAUUAAAGUACUACACCUCAAUUUUUUUUAUCAGUUUUUUUUUCUACCCGUUUCUAGUUACGUAUAACGCUCUGCAAAACAUGUUAGUUCCUGUUCUCGCUUACGUUACAGCAGACGACAAAGCAGAAAUGCGGCUUGUUGAGUUACAGAAUAACUGCAAAAGAGAAGAAGAAAGCUUAAAUCCCUCUGUCCUGAACAUGUCGGAAAACUUAGUUACGUUUUAACUGCGACUGGAGACUCCUUCCGUAAAUAUUCAACAAACAUCUCCUUAAAGCGCGAGUCCCUGUAAAUGAGCUGUUACUAUAGAAACGAUAAUGUAUUAGAACGAGCGCGUUGCUGUCAGCGCUACUGUUACGGAAAACUAAUCGACAGCUUCUGACCAGUCAGAGCGACGCUGUGUCUUCGUUUCCCGUCUUCGGUUGAUUGAAACGUUUAUAAACACGCAGGAACAUAAACACUGUAAUGACGCAGUGUUUGCGUGUUCUGUUUGGAAUCUUAGGAGUGUAUAACGAAAAUAAAAAAGGGUGCGGAAUAAAAAAAGCGAGGUUUUUUGUAUUUCGCUGUAGUGGAAUAGCGUUUUGAAUCCUGCGUUCUCCACUCACGACUGUAUCGCAGAUCUUCACUCCCAGAUGCCACUGAGAUGUUUCGAGCCUCGAGGGUAGUGGUAGCUCAGUGAGUGAUCAUGCAAGGGGUGGGGGUGCUAACUUUCGCGCACACACACGUGUACUACACUUUAGCUCGUAAGGAUCAGAGGAUCGGUUGCUUGUAGAUCGGAAUCCUCGAUUAUUGGCGCGAACUUUCGAUCGGUGAAACAUGAAAACAUGAGCCAUCUGUACGAAGAUUGUUUCCUGACCACGUUUUGUUCUCUCUAGAGUUCAGAGAAGGAGUCCAGCUUUGGAAACUUUAAGCAAGUCUAAUGAAGCGAGCGGCUGCAAAACAUCUAAUUGAGCGCUACUACCACCAGUUAACCGAGGGCUGUGGAAAUGAGGCCUGCACGAAUGAGGCUUGUGGCUCCUCCCCAGGUUUCCGGCGCAUGGAUAACAAUGCAGCGGCCAUCAAGGCCCUGGAGCUGUAUAAGAAUAACGCCAAACUGUGUGAUCCCCAUCCCUCCAAGAAAGGUGCCAGCUCGGCUUUCCCGGAGAACAGUGCCAAAGGAGCUCUCAACUUUUCAGCUUGCAGCAACGGGAAGAUGAACCACAAGGACCUGCCUCCCACCAGGGAAGAUUUUAGAGAUUUGAAUUACUUGACGGAGGAGAAGGUUUAUGAAAUUCUGUCUGUCUGUGAUGAGACGGAAGACUACUCCCCUUUGAUCCGUGUUAUCGGGAGGGUGUUCUCAAACGCCGAGAGCUUGGUGCAGAGCUUCCGCAAAGCCAAGCAGCACACCAAGGAGGAGCUGAAGUCACUGCAGGCCAAAGACGAGGACAAGGAUGAAGACGAGAAAGAGGCCGCCUCGGCUUGCGCCGCAGCUGCUAUGGAAGUGGACCCGGAUGCAGCAUCCUCGAGCGAAGGAGCUUCCGACGUCAACGUCCGGAAGCCUGUGGAGGUGUCGGUGGACAUUGAGGCGGUGCGAAGAGUUUACGACAGGCUGCUGUCCAAUGAGAAGGUGGAGGCAGCCUUCCUGAACGCGCUGGUGUACCUGUCGCCCAAUGUGGAGUGCGACCUUACCUACCACAACGCCUACGCCGCCGAUCCCGACUACCUCAACGUGUUUAUCAUCGUGAUGGAGAACAGCAACCUGCACAGCCCCGAGUACCUGGAAAUGGCACUACCGCAGUUCUGCAAGGCCAUGAGCAAGCUGCCCCUUCCUGCUCUAGCCAAGCUGGCACGACUGUGGGCACAGCACGGUGCUGAACACAUCCGGCGUCUACUCGAGACCUUCCAGCAGCUCAUCACGUACACCGUGAUCAGCAAUGAGUUCAACGGCGACAACCUUGUCAACGAGGAUGACGGCGUCGUGGCGGCCACCAAGUGCCUCAAGGUGGUCUACUACGCCAACAUCCUGGGGGGCGACCUGGACAUUGGGCACAGCGAAGACGAAGACGACGAGCCCAUAGCAGAAUCGAGUGAGCUCACGCUUCAGGAGCUGUUGGGUGAGGAGCGCCGCGCCAAGAAAGGCCCCCGUGUGGACCCGCUCGAAACUGAGCUUGGCGUACGCGUCUCAGACUGCCGCAGCCCCCUUGUCCCUUUUGACGAGUUCAUCAACGAGCCUCUCAACGACGUGCUGGAAAUGGACAAAGACUACACUUUCUUCAAGGUGGAGACAGAGAGCAAGUUCUCCUUCAUGACCUGCCCGUUUAUCCUGAACGCCGUCACCAAGAACCUUGGCCUCUACUACGACAACCGCAUCCGCAUGUACAGUGAGCGCAGGAUCACCGCGCUCUACAGCCUGGUGCAGGGACAACAGCUCAACCCCUACCUGCGUCUCAAAGUGCGUAGAGACCACGUCAUCGACGACGCGCUCGUCAGGCUGGAGAUGAUCGCCAUGGAGAACCCGGCCGAUCUGAAGAAACAGCUGUAUGUGGAGUUUGAAGGAGAACAGGGCGUUGAUGAAGGAGGGGUCUCCAAAGAGUUUUUUCAGCUCGUAGUAGAAGAGAUCUUCAAUCCAGAUAUAGGCAUGUUCACUUACGACGAAAGCACAAAGCUCUUCUGGUUUAACCCCUCGUCGUUGGAGAACGAAGGCCAGUUCACGUUGAUCGGGAUUGUCCUGGGCCUAGCCAUCUACAACAACUGCAUUCUGGACGUGCACUUCCCCAUGGUGGUGUACAGGAAGCUCAUGGGGAAGAAAGGAACUUUCCGAGACCUCGCAGAUUCUCAUCCGAUUCUACAUCAGAGUCUGAAGGAACUGCAGGAGUAUGAAGGCAACGUGGAGGACGACAUGAUGAUAACCUUCCAGAUCUCCCAGACGGACCUGUUCGGGAACCCUCUCAUGUACGACCUCAGGGAAGGGGGAGACAAAAUCCCGGUCACUAACGAUAACAGGAAGGAAUUUGUAGAACUUUAUGCUGAAUACAUGCUGAACAAAAGUGUGGAGAAACAGUUCAAGGCCUUCAGAAGAGGCUUCCACAUGGUCACUAACGAGUCUCCGCUGAAGUAUCUCUUCCGGCCGGAGGAAAUCGAGCUGCUGAUAUGCGGCAGCAGAAAUCUUGACUUUCAAGCUCUUGAAGAGACGACGGAAUACGACGGCGGUUACAGCAAAGACUGUCGCAUUAUUAAGUACUUCUGGGAGACGGUGCACUCGUUCGAACAAGAGCAGAAAAGGCUAUUUCUGCAGUUCACCACAGGCACAGACAGAGCGCCAGUGGGAGGCCUGGGCAAACUGAAGAUGAUCAUCGCCAAAAACGGGCCAGACUCGGACAGGUUACCGACGUCUCACACCUGCUUUAACGUGCUGCUCCUGCCUGAAUACUCCACCAAGGAGAAACUUAGAGAGAGACUCCUCAAAGCCAUCACUUAUGCCAAAGGCUUCGGCAUGCUCUGAGGUGCGAGGAGGAAAACAGCGGCAGAAAAGAAAAAACAACAAACAAACAAGCGGAACUUUUUUCACCUGUUCGUAAAAGGUGAAAUCGACAACACCAACAAUAUCAAGUUUUCAGUGUAAGGAUGUGAAAUGGGCUAAAACGGGGAAGUUGUGGUGACCGAGUGCCUGUGCCUAACUAAAGUAGAUAAAACCACACUGGACUAUUGUGCGUCUCUCUCUCUCUCUCUCUCUCUCUCUCUCUCUCUCUCUCUGCUCCUCUCAUGUAAGUGUUAAUUUUCCCUUUGUUUUUGUUUUUUGUAUGCACUGAGAUAUAGCACUAUUUAUUUUAAGGGAUUUCAUUUGUCCAGCGCACUUGUUCAAGGUUAAAGACCUUCAGGACUCAUCAUUGCAUACGUAAAACCCUAAAGAAAUCUGAAACCGAACAAAGGUGAGGAGGAGGAAGAGAAGGAGGACUGAUAAUCGGUGGUUAUCGUUGUAACUAUAUGGUUGAACUGUGAAAGUGCACUUAAUUAAUAUUCAGAAUGUCUGUCCGCGUUUUUUGUGUCAUCUCGGCCACUCGUCACAGUUCGUAGGUCUUCCCAGGUCAGUCCCGUGUGCCAGCUAUGGGUUUUUUUUUCUUCUUCUUCUUUUUUUUAAAAUAGAGGUACAAAGCGAGUUCCGGUUUCCAGAACCUUCUCAGCAGGUAUUUAUUGAGGAACAGCACGUCGGCGAGGAUGUGCUGCUUGCUUAUGACCAGUGUUCUGUAUUUAGCUGCAGAGUCUGGGGUCUUGCUUCGGUGUGAUGGACACGUAACAGAAGAGAAAGCAAAAUAUUUUUCAUUUUAAUGUCAGGAUCUCUUUUUCAGACUUUUUAAACUAACAAGAUAAUGAAAUUCCAACCUCUCGCAUCAUUCUUAGUAGCUUCGGUCUGUCUGUACGUUAACGAUACGAAUGAUUUAACAGGUUUUGGCACAAACUGUCUCAUCGUCCUGACGUGCCAAACAUCAGGUUACAGCAGGAUACCUAUCAGGUUAGAGCUGGAGAUCCACUUUAGUGAAGCCCCGGACCCAGAAAUAAUAAUAAUUUACAAAAAAAAGUGUUCUUUGCUGUCAUUUUUAGUUUUUUUUUUUUUUCCCUCCAUCUUCCUCCAAAAAAAGCUAUGAAAAAGGUGUUUGUGGUUUGUUCCACUGCUGACGGCGCUCACGUUAAAGAACUUGAUAUUAAGUAUGAAAGCAUUUAAUGGAUUGUUUCAAGUUAUUCUUAAAUAAAUUUAAAAAAAACUGGAAAAAUUGUGUGAGAGAUGGUUAAUACGAGUCCACAGUUCUUGUCAUUUAUUUCAGCGAGAACGUGACGACUACACACGUCUCGCUUGUACAUGGACGGGUUUGUGUAUGGACCAAUGGGACAGCUUCGGGAGAGCGACAGGCGGUUGUUCAUUUUCUACGUACAGGCGUGGCAGAACUGCGUUUUCAGCAGCAGUGACUACGUUUACAUGGACACAGUAAUCUAAUUAUUGACCUUAUUCUGAAUAAGACAGUAUUCUGAUUAAGGUGUUUACGUGAGUCGCUUUUAGAAUACUCCUUUCAUGUUCCCGUUUUACAUGUUAUAGAACAUAGAUCGAUUAACGUCACACAUCACCACGCCACGCCGUCCGAUGUUCCCUCCAGAAUUUCACGUAUCGACGUACAGUCGGUCUUCGUUAUGGAACCGUAUACAGUUUUGGGUGUUUUUAGUUUUAAUUUUACGAAAGCUUCAAGUGUGGUUAAUUAUCAGUCAUGCUGUACGUGCUAAUAGACGACUGAUUGAAUCCGUGGGCUGCGUCCCAAACCGCGUACUUACCGUCUAUAUAGUAGCUGAUAUACGUGUGUUAUUGCGGUUUUGGACGCAGACAUAUAAUGGACAGGCCACGCCCACAAGCAAAAAAACUACCUUGUGACGUGUCGACGGAGAGAUACUCCAAUGCUGAGAAAGCUGGUAUAGCUAACUACGAGAAGUUUUUCUGUCAGUGUGAGAAGUUUCUGAAAUUGUGUGGAUCACAUCAGGUUCCUCUCCUGUCAGCCAAGAUCAGGAAUCUGAGGAUACAGUGGGAACUGAAUCACCUGUGGAAGCUCGUUUUCACCACAGAGUAAAAAUAGUAAUAAAAAGUUAAUUGCGACUUUAUAUCUUGCAAUUAUGACUUUUUUUUUUCCUUUCACUCUUGCAAUUUAAACGUUCACUCAGCGCAGUACCUGAAAGGUGAUUAAUCUCAGCUAAUGAGCGCGCGCUAGCGUCUGGUUUUACUUGUCUUGACUAAGUGAUGUGUUGUUCUUGCUGUAUAUCACCUGUUUAUAGGGAAUGAUCGAUGCCUUGUCGGUGCAUACUUUUGUAACUCGUUCAGUGUCGAGUGGAUGCCUUAAUUGCGAGGGGAAAAUGUCCUAAUUGUGAGGUGUAAACUUAUAAUUGCGAGUAAUAAAGUCAAAUCCGUGUGAUGCUAACUCAGAAUUGCGAGAUAAAGUCUCAAUUCCCCUUUAAAAUUUUUCUUUCUUUUUUUUUUUUUUUUUUUUUUUUUAAUUCUUUGUGGUGGAAAUGGCCUUCCAUAGCCACCCAAACUGGACAGAUGACUGAAAAGAUCUUGAUUUUUUUUUUUUUUUCUGAGACGUGCUUAUGAUCAGAAUCAGCAUCUUGAAUCCAUGGACGAUGCCUGGUGUGAAACAUUCAGGGUGGGGCCUGGGUUGGGGGUGGGGAUGUAAUGGUGUGGGGAAUGUUGUCUUGGGGCACCAUCAUACCAAUUGUUCAAAAUCAGUUUGAGCCUCUCUGAGUAUUGUUGGUGACCACGUUCAUCCCUUUAUACUCACAGUGUACACAACGUACAGAAACUUCCAGCAUAAUAAUGCGGCAUGUCACGGAGUCAUCUCAAACUGCUUCCACAAACAUGACUCAGGGUUCCUUCAGUAACCUCCCCAAUCACCAGAUCUAAGCACCUUUGGGGUGCCGUUAGAACGUAAGAAUCACACCAAUUAUAUGAUGCAAUCGUGUCCAAGGAGUGUCUCCAACACCUCGUAGAAUCUGUGCCAUUAACAAUUACGGAUGUUCUAAUAAAGUAGUAGUGUAUUUAUUUAUUUAUUUCUUUGUUUGUUUAUUGCUGCAGUUCAAAACCUAUCCACUAGGUGGCAGGGAUGUAUUAAUAUUGUACCUCCGUGAUGGCGCAAGUGACCUGAACCUGAACUGGAUUAGUCAGGAUAAUAACCUUCAGCAUCACCUAAACUAAUACACAUAUAGCGAUAUUUCAAAAUCAUUUCACUUUAGUGUGUCUUUUUCAUUCAUCAGUGGUAUAAGAACUGUUGUUUCAUCGAUGAACUACAAGGACGUCAUGUUUAGAAAAAUGCGUGGUAUAAACCUCUCGUUUGGAAUAGUCCUUCAUAAAUUAUUUCUUCCUGACUUCCUGAUCAGCAAACUGUUAAAGUUUUUGCACAUUUUGACUAAGAAUGACUAAAUGAUAUUCUUUGUCUUUAAUGUGGUGCCAUUACUUUACAUCACUGGAGUUAUUUUAUAUCGCUAGUGUCAUAAGCAAUUUCCAUUAGGAGGGUAUUUUCCAAGAUGGCGUCAACUGCAUCUCAAAGCUCACAACACUAAUCACACCAGCAUCGCUAAAUUAAUCCAUUGAAUGUUUUUUAAAAAUAAUUAUAACUUGGAGUGUGGAAGGACCAACACCAAUGACAUAAAAGGCAGGGACUAAGUUGUUUUUUUUUUUUUUUUUUUUUAAAUUAUUUCUAUUAUUUAAAAAAGUUAAUUUGCAUAUACAUAAGGGCUAGUUCACGAAAAAUUUAAAUUCUGCCAUUUAUUCGCCCUCAUAUUGUUCCAAACCUGUACGACUUUCCCUUCUUCCAUGGAACAUAGAAGAUAUUUUGAGAUUUUUUUUUGACCAUACAAUGGAAGUCAAUGGGCACCAAAACCGUUUGGUUACAAACAUUCUUCAAAAUAUCUUCCUUAAUUUGCCGCAGAAGAGAGAAAUGCACAGAUUUGGUGGGUGAGAAUUUUCAUUUUUUGGCUGAACUAUCCCUUUAAAGUUAUACAAUCGUGUCUGUCGGGCUUCUGGAAUUUUUUAAAACUGCGUCAUGACCAAUAAAUGAAGGGACAGAUUUGAGACUCACUAACAUAAAAUGGUGAAUUCGUGCUUUAAUGUUGGAUAAGGGGUCGAUGUUGAUCUCGGUCAAUAAAUGUUUAAAAUUCCGUACGACUGAAAGAGAGAAAAUAUUCCCAAAUUCUGGAAUUUGCAGUACAGUCAAAAGUAGUUCCAGUUAA